CCCGAAAGUGGAGCCGGAGCUGGUAGUUGUCAGAGCUGGUGUGGCGCGGGCGCACGUGGGGCUGCGGCGGGCGGUCGUGGGACGCUGAGGGCAGCACCGGCGAGGAGGGUCAUCCCCAGCUAGCGGCGCGGACCUCCGCCACCCCGCUCCUGCCGGCGGGCGGUGAUGGACACCCCCCCGCUCUCGGGCUCCGCCUCGGACUCUGAGGACUCCGUGGUCACGGACCGAGAGGAAGCAAUCAGUGCCGUUCUCCUCACUGCAAUUCAUACUUUAUCCUACAAUCUCAGCUACCGCCAGGCCCAGGCUGCUGUGCUGGCAGUAUUACCACGGCUCCAUCAGCUCCACAUCCCUACCAAGCGUCCCACCGAUUAUUUUGCAGAAAUGGCCAAGACUGAUCAGCACAUGCAAAAGAUUCGACAGAAGCUACAAGCUAAACAGGCUGCCAUGGAGAAGUCUGAAAAAGCUAAGCAACUGCGAGCACUUAGGAAAUAUGGAAAGAAGGUGCAAACACAGGUUCUUCAGAAGAGGCAGCAGGAGAAAUCACAUAUGAUGAAUGCCAUCAAGAAGUACCAAAAAGGCUUCUCUGAUAAACUGGAUUUCCUUGAGGGUGAUGAGAAACCUGUUGCACAGGCCACAAAGGCCACAAAGGCCGCAAAGGCAGGAGCUAAAGGCCAGAACAUGAAGAAGGGGCCCAGUGCUAAACGACGGUAUAAAAACCAAAAGUUUGGUUUUGGUGGAAAGAAGAAAGGUACCAAGUGGAAUACUCGAGAAAGCUACGAUGAUGUAUCCAGCUUCCGGGCCAAGGUAGCUCAUGGCAAGGGCCUCAAAAGGCCUGGGAAGAAAGGAUCGAAUAAGAGACCUGGAAAACGAACAAGAGAGAAAAUGAAGAGCAGAACCCGCUAAAUAACAUCUUUUAUACGAAAAAUGAAGAAAAAGGGACAAUAUGCAAUUUUCAGUAUACUUAGAUCCUUUUUCUUAGUUUCUUUUUGUACAAAAUUCUUUUAAUAAAUUAAACAGUUUGAAAGAAACACUCAUGGAUUAAAACCUCAGGAUUGAAAGACU